GAGAUGAGGCUCUUAUUUUGUUACAGUAACACCUUCACCUACAAUAAUACAGUACAGUGACCCAGGUAUCCAAGGCAUUGGAUGUGUCGGCUCGCGCUGUGCCGUAUUUCAAGGUUAAGUAAUGGAAUUUCCUACUGCCCAGUGCAUGAUGGAUCUCAUUAGGUAAAGAAUGGCCAUUUUUUUCCCCUUCCAACUCCAUCCAUUCUCCGUAACCAACAGCAAGUGCCACUUCCCACGUCUUUGUCGUCACUUCGAUCAAAUGAAGAAAAUUCUCCAAAUCACCUUGUAUUUUCCGAGGGAGGAUCCGAGCACCUGAUUGACCAUCUACUACUGUGCGCGUAACAAAAAAUCCCUUCAAAGGAAAAAUCCGUCCGAACAAAUCCGACCAUCUCCAGGCACAAAUUGGUCAUCUCUCAGUGGCCACACAACUAUGAUUUAUUAAGUGGUGACCGCCCGGACCGCCCCCUACCGUGUCCAUUCACCAUUGCACUCUUAUGGGGUGCCAAAAAAAGAAGCAGUCUACCACGAGAACAAGCAAAUUUAAGAAAAGAAAGACUUGAGUCUGAUCAGACAGAGAUGCAAACAAUCCUUUUGCUAUCAUGAGUUCUGAUUAACUUAUUCCUUACAUUCCUUGGUCUCUCUCCUCGCAAGUGACCGAGGACGACAAAACAGCUGUCAAUGGCAGCUCCUCCCCCUCCCCCUCUCAAUGACCACCACCUCAGACGUCCGGAUGACGACAUCAAAGAACCAGAACUCAUCGACUGGUACGGCGACAAUGACCCAGAAAACCCAUAUCGAUGGUCGUUGACCAGAAAAUGGAUCAUCACCGUCGUCGGUUGUAUGGCCACCUUCACCACCAUCCUCAACGGGACCAUGAUCACCGUGGCUCACGCCGCCAUCAACGAAGAAUUCAACGUCAGCGACGAGACUUUUCCAAAUUCAUACUGGCCCAUUACCAGCUGGGCGCUGGGUGGUGCGUUAUCCGGACUGGUCGUUCUUCCACUCAUGGAGGACUUUGGCGUGCGGCCGGCGUUCCUCAUCACCUACAUCGUCUUCAUCUGCUUCAUCAUCCCCCAAGCUGUGGCACAAAACUUUGCCACCUUGAUCGUCUCACGAUUCUUCUCCGGUGGCUGCGUGGCCGUCUUGGGCAACACGGCAUGCGCGUUGAUCGGCAACAUCUGGGAGGGCGACCGGGCCCGGACCAUCCCUUUAAGCAUGUUCGUCACUCUUUACCUGGCAGGAAGCAGCAUGGGACCGGUCAUUUCGGCAGUCAUCUUCCAAACCCUCGGGUGGCGUUGGAUAUCGUACAUGCAGCUGAUCUGGUACUCGGCUUUGUUCCCCAUGUACUUCUUCUUCUUCAAGGAAAGUCGGGGCAACAUCAUUCUGCAGAAGAGGGUGCAAAAGCUACGCAAAGCCGGCAAAUUGGUCCGAAGCCCUCAUGACGACGUGAGCAAUGAUUCGAUAUUUAGGAAGCUGGCCCGGAGCACGAAACGACCACUGUGGAUGCUCUUCACCGAACCCGUCUUGUUUGUUUUUACUUUGUGGUCAGCGUUCAUGGUCGGCACGGUGUAUCUCUUUACGCAAUCCGUUGAGCAGGUCUUUGGAGGCUUGUACGAUUGGACCCCGUCUCAGGCCGGCUACGUGCAGGCCGCGAUUGUGGUUGGCGAAUGCAUCGGCUGGACUGGGGCUUUGAUCUCGGCAAAACUGUACUUUGCUUCUGUUUCACGAAACACCGAAGUCCCCGGCACACCUAUACCCGAGGCGAGACUGUACGUCAGUGUUUUUGGAAGUUUCGUCGGGGUCGUCGGUGGGAUGAUGGUGUAUGCCUGGACCAGUUACUCAUUCCUGCCCUGGAUCGCUCCGGCCGUCGGGCUGGCUAUGGUCGGGUACGGGAUAGACGUCGUUGUUAUAGCGAUCGCAGACUACGUCGUGGAUGCCUAUGCCAGAUAUGCCGCGAGCGCCGUGGCCGCCAUCGUAUUUGGUGAGAACCUCUUCUCCGCCUUUCUGCCACUGGCAGCUCAGUCCAUGUACGCCAACCUGGGAUUUCGAUGGGCCAGCAGCCUGUUGGGCUUCCUUGCCUUGGCACUAUCGUUUGCACCGGUGUGUGUCUUGAUAUGGGGCAGAAAGCUUCGAGAAAGAAGUCCAUUCAUGAAGGAAGCGAUUGUCGAGAAAAGGCUCCACGCCCCCCUUUGACAUUGAUGAUGAAAAUGAACAACGAUACAGAUGAUCCAU